ACAUAAUUGGGGAUUUGGCGCACAGAGAAGAAGCAUAGAUUAAGAGGGAACGGAGUUUGGAAAAUUGAAAGAGAGAGAGAGAGAGAGAAGAUGGAUGAUUAUACUCGAGAAAUGAUGGACCUGAAGACACUCGUCACUCGCACUCUUGAGAAGAAAGGCGUUCUCGCCAGGAUCCGCGCUGAGCUUAGAGCCAGUGUAUUCGAGGCUAUUGAAGAAGAAGAUCGUGUCAUUGAAAAGGACCAAGCUUUGCCACCUGCAUUGUUAGGUAGCUGCAAUGAUCGUGCUAAACAGCUUCAUGCUUCCCCUUCUGGUAGGCUUCUUACUGCACUCAUAUGUGAAUACCUUGACUGGGCCCAGCUAAACCACUCACUAAAAGUUUAUCUUCCAGAGUGUAAUUUGGAAAAGGAUUCCUGGAAGUCUGAGUUGAAAGAAUUUAGUAGCAAAAAUGGAUACGAUCUUAAUAGAAAUGGAGAUGCCCCUGUGCUUCUGGAUGUUCUCGAAGGAUUCUUGAAAUUUGAGAACUUAUCCCAAGCAAGAGCUAGCGGUAGGAGGCUUACCACUUCAGACACCGAGCCUUUGCCAAACUCGGAAUCACGGAACACGCGAAGGCAUUCUUCAUCAUCUGUUGCUGGUGGCUUACCUCCACUAGGAAGGGCUGUUCCUUCAUCUCAGGCAUCUGAUAGAAGAGGAGGACCCUCCGCGUCUUCAUACAGAAAGGAUGAGUACAAUUGGCGAUAUGACAGUGAUGAACUUCCCGAAGAUGUAAUUCAAGCAUCAAGUGCUCUGGAAAAUCUUCAAUUGGACAGAAAAGCUAGGAAUCUAACAUCAUCUUGGCGACACGCUGGUGAUGGAAUGAGUGAGGAUGAUGGCAGGGCUGACCAUGUUUAGGGACAUAUAUUGCUUGUAUUGUAUAACCAUAUUCUGUCCUGUAUUUUAAUGUGUAUUCUGAAUUUUCUGCCGUUGGUGAUGAUUGUAUGAGCCCGAUUUUAUGUAAGAUUAUAUUUAUCGUGAUAUGAUUUAGUGUUGUCAUUGAGCUUUUUCCUUCCAAA